AUGGAUUUAAGUCUCCCAACUAAUGCCUUUUAUGGAAUUGAGUUCCCAGCAGUAGUGAGAAACGUCGAAGUGGCUAUUGAAAUGCUUGGUGGGCUUACACAAAUUUCUGAGGUGUUUUCAGACGAUAAACGACGCUUGAAUCUCUCUUUUCGUCCACAUAUGUUGUAUGCUAAACCUGCAUGUGGAGAUGGUCGGUCAUCAAACUCCUUUGUCAUUCGAGUGCAACGCUGCAGAAACAAGAGAACAGGCGAGGUGAAACUGGUCCCGGUUAUCUUGGGGCGAGUUACUCGGGUCUAUAAAUUUGAAGCUAUGGCUGAUUUUCAGUUUGGUCCAUUUGAACAUAUUCAAACUGCAACUAGAACUGAUGGAUCCGGAGUAGCAUCUUCAAACUACAAAAUAUUCUACAAUGAUCUCAUAAUCAGGGAUCCGACAACAAUGAUUGAUUCUUAUCUAUCUCGUGAUAUGCCAUUGUAUUUGCCACCGGUUUUGUUUAGUCGUCAGGAUACUCCUAGUAUUUACAAUUUUGCUCCUCGUUAUCGUACGACUGAAUAUAUCCAACUUGAAGAAAAAGGACAUAAACUCCCUGUUUCAAGAAAAGCUCGACCAAAUUUUGGAUAUCUUGUAAAUCUGGACGAUGAAGCUCCUAUGUGUCCUAGGCCUGGAGCAGUACAACGUGUAAUAAAUCUUGGAUCAGCUGCUAUACCAGUAAAAGAAGGGAUUCAAAAACUUUUCGAUGAGAGACCAAUUUGGAUGCGUCCUGCUUUGGCUUACCAUAUGCCUGCAGAUACUCGAUUGGUUUAUUUUACCCAGAUACUCCCUUCUUUAGAUCCUGAAGCUCGACGUUAUCAGGUAAUUGAUUUUCGUGUUCAAGCCUAUAUGGUUGUACGUAAAUUAUUGUGUCAUUCAUCAGUUAGAAAACGUAUGCUAUGCACUGAUGCAACUAAACGAUUCUUACCUGAUUGUCGAAAAUCUUAUGAAUCUGUACGUUCUAGAGAAGAUAGUUAUAUUGAUGAAAUUUUGAAUUUUUCCAAUCAAGUCCCCCAAGAAGACAAUGUAGAUUCAGAUGGUGAUGAUGAUGAAUUAGAUCCAACUAUGAUUGAUGAUGCUGAAGAUGAGGAUGGAGAUGAUAGAAUACAGAAAACAUUGAACAAGGGUAUAGAUUAUCGUUUUGGACCAAAUAACUGGCCAACUACUCAUCAAGUUCGUUAUUGUCUCAUGGAUAUUGAAAUUCCUGAAGUUCAAGCUAUGCUAGAAGAAGUACCUGAGCGAACUGAAAUCGAUCCAAUCGAUGGUUGGCUUCCACCUGGAAGUAUUAAACGUAUACGUGAUCUCCUAGGACAGUAUUUAAAGAAGUGGAUAUCUGAAUCUGAUCCAACUCAUGGAGAUAAUUCAAUGGAAUAA